AUAGAAAGAUGCACUAGAACAGACCACAAAACAAGGCCAAUAGCUAUUUCACUUUAUACCAUUCAAAAUGUGUUAAACUCUCAAGAGUAGGCUACUUUUAAGCAUAGAUUACGUUUAAUUUCAUUCCGUUUUUUUUAUCUAAUGUGAAUCCUUCAAGCUCUCAACAUGCACUUGGAAAGGAAUGUGUACUAUUCUAUUGACACUAAUGCCAAUGGAGAUGUACGAACACUGAUAUGGAAGAAAUGUAGACCUACACAAAACACCGAUUCAGACGGCAAUAUAAUGGUUAAUCGGAAAUGUGUGGUUUGUAUCUGACGAAUUUAUUCGGAAGGAUUAUUCGUUUAUGUUUCAGUUUUUAUGUCGAAGUGACGAUGUUCUGGGUUGAGCUAGAGCGGAACCGGUUCUACUUGUAUGCGUCGGAUCAACUUCUGGGCAGACUGUUCCGUGUAUAUCCAAAUUCUCACAUUUUGAUGCAAAGAAAUAAUCAUUCCGAAAGAGCAUUCUCAGCCCCAAAACGCAAAGCAUAAACCGCAGCUUUGGUGUGGAUGGCAAGGGGGAUUGAACGGCGCUCACUGGUAGGAUUUUAGGGUAAAUAUGAAGUGACAAGAGUCUGCUCUUAUUGUGGUGUGUCAGCCGACUGGCCCCAAACGGCUCUUUAACCAACCGAAUCCAUGUUAAUCAAGCCUAGGGUCCACAGAAUGGAUUUCUUAAAGGUACAACACAACAGUACCGAGACCGAGUUUCUGGUUGGGUCGCCGUGGGGAUCGUUGCAACGGUCUGAAGUGUGUAAAUGUACGUGUAUGUGGUUUGACACAUACCAACAAACAGCCCAGGCGAGUCCGGACACUGUUGUUCCCUCACGCUCAGAAGAGAGCCUGCCCAUGACAAUGUAUUAUAAAUCAUAUCAUUGCUGUGUCAGUUUAUGCUGAAAAUGAGAGCGAAGAAGAUCAUAUUAGAAUUAAAGGAAUAGCCUACGUCUAUACUGUAUAGUAUCGGAGAGCUAUUGAUAGGCUACGUCAGGCUAUUCCUGGUUUUAUUAUUUUCACUAUUUAGGAUAUAAGGCAAUCAAAUAAAGUGAAUGUACAACAAUUCACUUUGCGUAGGUUAUAACGUGUGCAUGAAUAAUUGAUUUAGUCUAAAACCAAGUGAAGGGGACAUAGCUUACACGUCAGAAAAACAAUAUAUAUUUAGUUUCUGUAAGGCUAUAAGCAAGCACUUACCGCGUUCUAUCUGUCAAUUUUGCUCUCGAAAUUCAUUCAUUCAUCUGUUUUCUUUUCUUCAUGCUUCGAUGCAGCAUCUGGUGCUGCGCUUUUCGAAUGACCCGGGGCUGUUUUUAAAUUGGCAAUGUCCGGUUUAUUAGUCACUGUCCUUGCGGUGAAGCGUUCACAAACAGCAGCGAGUCACGGAAAUCGACAGCCCUGGAAUAUAAUCACUAAAUCGAGUCCGAUAGCCUACCAUUCAGGUACGGGAGGCUGUGGACUCUCUUACCGUCUCAGCGUAGUCUAUCUAAGUCUACCAUUACGCAGUGAUGGAACUGUAUGUUAUUAUGGCCAAACCAAGAUAAACACUUAAACAGAUAAAACUGCACGCGGAUUUCUAAACAAACGAAACUAGAUAGAAUGGCUAUGAGGUAAAAAUGACGAGGACCUAAACUGAUAAUAUAAUCUUCACAUGGAAUGGAACCACAACGAAUAUAUUUGGAAUCUUCUUCAUACUUUAAAAAAAUCAAUCACCGGUAUAGCCUACUAACAUUAUUUAGCCUACCUAUAGGCUAUCAUGAAAGCGACCAUAGAGCAAUAAACGUAGGCCAUCUAUUCGGGCACCGGUUCUGGGCUGGAGUUAUGCACCUCAUCGAAAGUAUGAAGCGCAAGCCGACCGAGGUGAUGCCUCCACCGGUCAAGAAUUGAGGGCUGACCCGGUGUUUGGCUUGGAGAUGGGGGUGGGAUUUCCCGAGCUUUCCUGUCAUUGGUUAAUAUUUUAUUCUGUUGACAUGUUUUCUUACUGCUAAUGCUUCCGACACCUUGUUGUCCACCCCCCUCUCUUCGAGUCUGGCCGGAGCUGUCAAAACCACGCCUAUAGAGGCCCACAAUUGGUCCAGAAAGCGUAAAAUCAGCAAUCAAAGGGGCUUGGUUCAUUAGUGUUGGGAUCGAGGCAGGAAGAACAUGUGAGAUAGUCACAGUUCUUCAGUGAACAGGGCAAGAUCUAACCAUUUCAACUCCGUGUCCGUGUGGAAUGAUUGCUUCAGCCUUCAGAGAGGCAUAUCUUAUUUUUCUCAAAGCGACGGGUCGAGAGAAAAAAGGAAACCCCGAUUCUGCUCUCAAAGCGUAGCUGCUUCACUCUCUUUGACUGAUAUUGUUACUGCACUUCGUGGAGGUACCAGCAACGGGAGUUUACGUGUAGUAUAGGCUAGUUCCUAUCAAUUCAGUUUUUUCUGCUAAUAACCGUCUAUAACCCGUCUAUUCAUAGCCUAUCAGGCACAUUAUUCGACAUUACUUCUGACAGAAAUAACAAUACAUUAUUCUGGAAACUGUCCUACUGUUUUUGCCGAGGGGGGAGAAUAUCACUAUAUAUCAUAAUUUCACUUCGAUAUUUUGGAUGCACCGAUGAGAGAUCCAGUUUUCACAGGGACUGCCAUGGCUUAUCACCCUUUCCACGCUCACCGUCCGACCGACUUCUCCAUGUCAGCUUUCCUAGCGGCCGCGCAGCCUUCCUUCUUCCCGACGCUCACUCUGCCUCACGCGGCUCUUACUAAGCCCAUGUCGGACCACCUCGUCGGAGCCGCGGAGGCAGGGCUCCACCCGGCUCUCAGCCACCACCACCAGGCGGCUCAUCUCCGCAGCCUGAAGAGCCUGGAGCCCGAGGAAGAGGUGGAGGACGACCCUAAAGUCACACUGGAGGCCAAGGACCUAUGGGACCAGUUUCACAAAAUAGGAACAGAGAUGGUUAUUACCAAAUCUGGAAGGAGAAUGUUUCCUCCGUUUAAAGUCAGAAUAAAUGGGCUUGAUAAAAAAGCCAAGUAUAUUCUAUUGAUGGAUAUAGUCGCUGCCGACGACUGCCGCUACAAGUUCCACAAUUCUCGCUGGAUGGUAGCGGGAAAGGCCGACCCGGAGAUGCCCAAAAGAAUGUACAUUCACCCGGAUAGCCCGGCUACGGGAGAGCAGUGGAUGGCCAAGCCGGUUGCUUUUCAUAAACUGAAGCUGACCAACAAUAUAUCGGACAAGCAUGGAUUUGUAAGUACUACGAUUCUUAAUUCCAUGCACAAAUACCAGCCCAGGUUUCAUAUCGUGAGGGCCAACGACAUCCUGAAGCUCCCCUACAGCACGUUCAGGACAUACGUGUUCCCAGAGACAGACUUCAUCGCUGUCACAGCUUAUCAAAAUGACAAGAUAACACAGCUGAAGAUUGAUAAUAACCCUUUUGCCAAAGGAUUCAGAGACACCGGAAAUGGAAGACGAGAGAAAAGGGAACCGUUCAACUCUAGGAAACAGUUGACCCUUCCCUCCCUGCGGAUGUAUGAAGACCAAUGCAAAGCAGACCGAGACGGGGGCGACUCUGAUGCCUCGUCUAGUGAACCAACAACCGGCAGAGAUGGGGCACACUCUCCAAUCGGACCUGGAUCCAGCCCGCUUAGGUUCAGUCGAAUCAGCCCAGAUGAUAAAACCUGUACUGACAGUGAGCAAGAACUUGAUCGUCAGGACGAGCGUUGUACCGCAUCGAUCAGCCCUGAACCGGAGCCGCCCUCUCCCUUCAGCCCGAGGUGCGAGGACCGGGUGAAAGAUAAGCUGAGUCUGGAAAAGAAAGACGACUAUCCGGACUCAAGAAAGUCGAGCGACUCCAUAUUCAGUAUAAGGAACCUUGAGAAAGGAGACAAAACGGAGAACAGGCACAGGAAAGACACUACAGAUUCGUCAAAAAAGGACCCCACAGACAGUGGCGGGAUAAGCGCAACCAAAGAAAGUUUCUCCCCGCUCAUGGUUCAGACAGAGAGCCCAUCACACUUCAGCGCGAGCCACCUGCAGAGUCUGGCCCUGUCUGGCUUGCACAGCCAGCAGUUUUUUAAUCCAAUGAACGCCGGACAAAUGCUAUUUCACCCUGGACAGUUCGCUAUGGGCCCAGGAGCGUUUUCUGCCAUGAGCAUGGGACAUCUAUUGGCCUCGGUAUCUGGAGCAAGUGGUAUGGAAAACGGCAGCCUCUCCGCCCAGGGCACCGGGGGCGCGCCGAACCCUUUCCCCUUCCAUCUAUCGCAGCACAUGCUCGCCUCUCAGGGCAUUCCCAUGCCGACCUUUGGAGGCCUGUUCCCCUACCCGUACACCUACAUGGCUGCCGCUGCAGCCGCGGCCUCCGCCAUGCCCGCUAACACUACAGCCAGCUCACUCUCGAGGAAUCCCUUCCUCACCAGCUCCCGCCCCCGGCUCCGGUUCAAUCCAUACCAGAUCCCCGUGUCCAUGGCCCAGAGCACAAGUCUAUUCACCACCGGCCUGCCAGGCGGCCUAAACCCCAGCUCCGAGUCGUCCAAAUCGGGCAGCAGGGAGACGAGUCCCGUGCCUGAGCUCCACAACCACAAAGCGGGGUCGAGUCAUAGGACCAGCUCCCCCAAAUCGAUGAAGGACUCUAUCAAUGAGCUCCAAAACAUCCAGAGACUAGUGAGCGGCCUUGAGAGCCAGAGAGAGACGUACCCCCCGAGAGACUCUCCUAAGUGAUCUCACUAAUGGAAUAAUAUAUUCCACCACGACUUGGCUUGAAAUAUCAGAGGACUUUAUUAGAAAUUUUGUACAGCACAUUACGCGAGGAAAUGUCAAUACAGGCCUACCUUUUCGCGCGCCUGGACCGAGAAAAGAGGCAGGGAAUGAAGUAGAGAGAACUAGCGUCGUCACUUACUGUUUCUGUGUGGGGUACGCUUUCAAUAUUAUAGGAAACUGAAGCAUCGAAAUAAUAUGAAAACCAAAAGUGGGCACUGAAUUUUUAGGCGUCUGGCUAAAACUUGAGCACACUAAGAGGAUACCGCAAGGAGGAAAACCUACUAACAACAUUCUUCAUGUAGUGGCAUUGUUUUUAGGGACUGAAGAGAGAACCGUUUCAAACUAUAAUCAAUAGACGUGCUUUUUUUAUGAUGAGAGCACUACAGCAGCAUAAGUACUGAAUGAACAUUGGUGUGCGUUUUGCCCGCAUUAUGGAGAAGGUGCAACCUGUAAAACGACAGGAAAACAAGCUACAUCCCAAAAGUUUUUAGAACAUAGGCUAUUAUUUCAAAAGGGAUGGAUAAAAUGAACGUUCCGUGAAAAAUAAUUGAUAGAAGAACGCUUAGGCCUAUAGUUUCUGCCAGAUUUUUUGUUUGAAUUAUUUAUGUAAUUAAAAUAAAUUCUGUAAAUAAGCUAUAAAGGAAUCCAAGAAUAUGCAAUUGGUAUUAAUUUAUUUAAGACUGUACAUUGACGUGUAUAUAAUAUUUAGAGUUUAACUCGUUGCUUUUUAUUCUUUUUUAUUUUACAUGAACGUAUUCUGUAAAUGAAAGCUAUUUAGCGCUUGUUGGUUUGAACCAGAACGUUUUUAUCUGUAAUGCAUAGCUGAUUAUCUGCCUGACACAUGAAGGAAACAAACAUGUGUAUCAUGUUUAUCAGCAAUCUCUGUCUGCAAAAACUAAUAUCAGAAAAGAGAGAAAGAGAGAUAGAUAGAGAGAAAGCUGCCUAUUUGUCACAUUACCUGGCUAUUAUCUGCAGGAGAGGCAGCGAUAUAGAAAAACCUCAGGUCAUUCCACUCCAACACAGGAGAGGAUGAUAACAUUUCUCUUUAAAUGGGGCAUAAUGCAUAUCUAUAUAUAUAUAUAAAUAUAUUUAAAAUUGAAAGCGUAUCUCGCUUAUGCUGGUUGUGAUUUUUUUGUUGAAUUAUCUCACAAUUUCAAUAAAAAAAACAAUGUGUUAA